GGAGCGCAUCACAGGACACAAAACCCCACUGCAAGACGCAGUGCCAGAAGAGAGCAGCUUUGGCAAGAGAGCUUGUUUUCUGUAGAUUAGAGUGGGGAGAAAGAAGGAAGUUAGUCCGUUAAAAAACUAACAAACAUAGGUUUUCUAUCAUGUCGGAAGCCUCCUGAAUAUCUUUACCAAAGAGGAAACAAUGUAGUUGAAAGAAAAGGGAAUCUCCACCGGUGAAGAGAUCCGGGGAUGCAUGGACACGGUUACGGGUGAUUAGUGUAAUUUUGCAGCUGCAAAAUAAAGACUGGAUAUGCGCAGAAAAACUGGAGAGAAGUGAGUUUCGGGUGUCCACAGGAUGGACACUGCGGAGGUAAUUCUCUCGGUGCUGGUGGUUGUGAUUAUUAUAGUGUCGCUGCUGUCCAACGUCCUGGUGCUGAUUUGCUUUUUGUAUAACCCGGAGAUCCGCAAGCAAGUGCCCGGUCUGUUCAACCUCAACCUCACCUUCUGCAACUUGUUGCUCACCGUCUCCAGCAUGCCGCUCACUUUGGUAGGACUUGUCAGUAAAGCUCAACCGGGGGGAGAUGGCUUCUGCCAUAUCGUGGGCUUCUUGGAGACUUUCCUGUCCACGAACUCGAUGCUGAGCAUGGCAGCUCUGAGCAUCGACAGGUGGAUCGCGGUGGUGUUCCCCCUGAGGUACCACUCCAAAAUGCGCCACAAAGACGCCGCUUUUGUGCUCGCGUACACGUGGGCGCACUCCAUGUCCUUCUCCACGGUGGCCGCCUGUCUCUCCUGGGUUGGAUACCACCGGCUUUACGCAUCCUGCACCCUGUCCAACCCCAGAGCGAGCAAUCGGACACAGUUUGUCGUCUUCACCAUCUUUUUCCACUCUUUCACCUUUCUUCUGUCUUUCAUAGUAUUAUGUGUCACAUACCUCAAAGUACUUAAAGUAGCAAGGUUUCACUGUAAGAGGAUCGACGUUAUUACAAUGCAAACUUUGGUGCUUCUAGUGGAUAUACACCCCAGUGUUCGUCAGCGUUGUCUGGAGGAGCAGAAGAGGCGACGACAGAGAGCAACAAGGAAGAUCAGCACCUUUAUCGGCACCUUCAUGCUCUGCUUUGCUCCCUAUGUGAUCACGAGGAUCGUGGAGUUAUUUCCAGCGGUGCCUAUCAACCCUCACUGGGGAAUUGUCUCCAAGUGCUUAGCUUACAGCAAGGCAGCUUGCGACCCAUUUGUGUACUCCCUCCUCCGACACCAGUACAAGAAGACAUGCACUGACAUCAUCAACAAGCUGCUGAAGCGCAGCUCCUUGAACGCGUCCGGACGCCAGCACGAGAGCCAGGUGAACAGCAUACCCACCGUGGAGUGAUGGGACGGUUAACCCGACAGCUGUCAGGGAAAAAAGAACCUAGUUUAGAGUCGAUGAAGAAGUGGAAUAAAUUUUGGUAGUUCCUGUCCAUGUCUGCUUGAAUUUGGUCUACAAAAAAAGGAAAGAAAACAGAACAGACAAGGUCAACUCCCUGUACAGGAAUACCACUGCGCUUUCAUACCGAGUGCCCAGAACAGCAAAUCAGUGCAGUGAACUUGCUGUGAGGACAAGAAAGAGCAGCAGAUUCCAUGUCCACCUGGAGAGACAGAUGUGCUUACCCAGGAUGAAUGGCCACCUAAAAGUUUUAUUAUUUUAGGGUAGCUUACAGUCAGAUAUGAGAUACAGUUUAUUAUAUACAGAUUUUGCAGUGUGUCUGUUUGUUUUGACAUAACUGUAAUAUUCAUUUUAUCUUACAAAAAAGGGGGGAGGGUGGGCUGUUUGUGUGUUUUAGUCUGUGCAAAGUGUUUGCAGUAAUUUAUACAUUAAUUCUGUAUGUAGCACUGAAGACUAGUCUAACCAAAACUUGACAAAGUAGAAGAACAAGUUCCCAAAUUGUAUUGUAGAUGAAAACAUACAGCAGACUGUGCACACUGCACAGGAUGGCUCAGGUAUAGCCCAGUCCGAAUUAAGCAAAUUCUUUGGGUAUUUUUAUUUUUCAAUACAUUAUCUGGCUGUAUUAGUACCACUGGAUGUAAAUAUGUUUUGUUUUAUGUGUACUGGCGUCGUUUAUGCUUUAGCACCCAUUUUAAGGACUUACUGAUUUGUCCAAGCAGAGUUUUAGCAGAAAGAAAAAACCCUCAAACCGACUGCCUUUGCUGUCAUGACUGACAUGUGGCCCUCAGGUUGUUAAGUCAAGUGAAGCAUGAUCAACUGUAUUUGCCUGGGUUUGUACUCACAGUCACAAGUGACCCGUAGAGACUGCUCGAUGCUUUUUCACACAUACAGGAAGGAAAAUGCUCGGGACAUGUCUUUUGGCAAAAAGAUGAGAUGAUUUAAUAGAGAUGACAGCCACGGACACGAGAAAAUAUUAGAGAAAAGCACCUCUGGAUGCAGAAAUAAUCAGUUUGAAUGGGUGAAGUAAAAAAAGAAAUAUCUCUGAACAGCUAAGGCCAACUAAAUGUGCAAUGGUAAUAGUUGAGAGCAUCUUUACCACAUAAUAUUAUUAAAAUCAGUCUGAAUUACUGAAUAUGCUCAAAACAAGGUAAAAUAAUCCUAGCUAAGCUAAGCUAGGAUUAAUAACUUGGACCGCAAAACUAAAUGAUCCUAGUCUGUGAUUCCUAUUAGUCUUUUUUUUUUCUCAGAUAACCUGAAGCAGCAGGUUUUCCAACUACUUUGCCAGGAAGUCAGCGACAGGUAAGAGCUAGUAGUGAUAAUAGAUAAGUGGGCAGCUAAGCUACUAACACAGAUAUUAGAUAUUGAAACUGAUGCAAGGACUAAUAGAAGGACUCAAUUGUAUUUAUAAAUAUAACAUAUUGUUGUCUUUGCUGAUGAAAAGGUUUUUCUUUUAAAUAAUCACCUGAAAGCAGCAGAAGGCAGAUGAAAAUCAUCCAGUGCCACUUAUAUUUGCAUAAAGCUUUGGCAAAUCAUGAUGGAAGGCACCAAGUAGAAAUGAUUAUGACCUUAUAAACUUUAUUUAAUGGAGACGUGCAACAAACAAGUCUCUAAUAACACCAGGCUACCAGUUGGACCUUAACUUUAACCCACCUGUCCCACUAACCCUAAGUUAUUUCAUUUUUUUCUUGGUAAAGAGAUAAAAAAAAAAAGAAUAGU